UAAAGAGGAAGAAACUUUAUCUGAUUUCGAUAAUAAACCAAUUUGUAGCCUCUGAAAACGAAACCGAAACUAUAAUGGAGAAUGCAACUGUAUUCCCAGAUUUCAACAGCUCCGUCUUAUUUGAAGGCUUUUUAACGGACAACUCAUCGGUCGACAACAACUCCACGAUUUGUCCAGAUAACGUAUGGGACCCAACCCGCGCAACGACCGUCUUUUGGACCAACUCCGUAAUCGGUUUCGGUUUUAUCAUCUUCGGUAUUUGUGGGAAUGCUCUCUCUAUCAUCGUUCUCUCCCGCGAGCGACCUCUGACGACCACUUCUAUCUUGCUCCAAGGUGUGGCAGUUUCAGACUCGCUCUAUCUUCUCUCCAAUCUCUUUUACGUCGUCUUCAUCGGGAUCAACAAGUACACGGGGCAGAUGCGAUGGUAUCUGAGGGCGCUUCAUCCCCUUCUCAUGCCGUACGUUAAACCGCUGAUGUAUAUCUCCCAGCAGGCGAGCGUUUGGUUAAUAGUACUAGUCACCUUGGACAGACAUUACGUGAUCACCAACCCCAUCCAAGCCGCCACUAAUCCACGAACAAAAAGAACACAGUUAAAAGUGGUCGCCGUGUUCUUUUUGACCAUUGCUUACAAUAUUCCUCAUUUCUUUGAGCUUGAUUUGGUACCUUGCAAGUACCCGGAUGGUGAGAAUGGACACAUAAUGAUGAACAGCGAGCUGGGGAAUUCUAUGGUGUAUUUUCUCGUAUAUGGCAUUGGUUUUUAUUUCAUUACAAUGUAUAUCGUCCCAAUGUUGAUACUGGCAAUCGUUAACAUGAAGCUGAUCUGGACUCUCCGCCGAGCCGCCAAGCAGAGAGUGAAUCUCGCCGAGGUAAAAGGGAAAUCUGGCCGCGACGAUGUUACAUUUGUACUGGUUGUUGUGGUCUUCGUGUUUGUGGCUUGUCAGACACCCGAUUUUCUGCUCCAAAUUUAUUAUUUCGAAUUAGUCAUCGUAGGGAGCUUUAAAAUGACCAGAUUCGGCGCAAACCUGUUUGGGCAAAUUGUGACUCUGCUCUUGAUAAUCAACGCGUCAGUUAAUUUCAUCAUAUAUUGCCUUUGGGGCAAUCGGUUUCGUCAAGAUAUGUUAAAACUGUUUCGUUGUGGAAAGGGAAACGGCAAGAAAGGGAGUAUUUCAAAUAAAACUGCGUCCACAAAAAUUAAUCGACAUAACAGCUCUGGAAAGGAAGUUCAAGGGAGAGAAAAAUGUAAGCGGCCACUUGCAAACGACAACACAAAACUUUAGGUUCGUCGUGAAAAAAAAAUUGCGUCAAGUAAAAUAAGAAUCGCCACUAAAUCACUUUAUUUUGUAAAACUAAUUGUAUUUCAAAUAUUUUGAAAUUGGAAUCGUCGGUACAUAUCCUAAUUGUGUUGAUGUAAUUGUUUUCCAAUAUUUCAAAAGGCACCAAAUUAUUUGAACGACGAAGUGCGUAAAUCAAAAGUGCUAAAUGUCACGUAAGCCUAUGCUUGUCUUGUUAGGCACUGUAAGGAUAAACUGAGAAAAAACAAUUGGAACCGUCAGUAAAUUACCUUCGACGUUGUAAAUGGCUUCGUUACCAAUUAAUUUAUUGAAAAACUGUAGAUAUUACCAGUCGUGAUUUUAUGUACAACACAAGUAGUAAAGCGCACAUCCCCAUGCAUUUGCAAAUGAAUAUCUGAAAUCAUUCACAC